UGGAGUGAAUAGCUGUUGAUAUAAUAUCAUGUAGCAUUAAAAUGGAUUGAACAUCUAUCAAAAAGUGUUAAAGCUUAGCUGGAUACGAUUUUGUGAGAUGAUAUGCAGUUAGUGUAAAACCAUAAUGACAUACUCGAGUGGACUGUAUGGGUGUUUUUAACGAUCAGCUAUGUCAGAUUUAUAUGUUUAUUUGUGGACGGUGUCUUGUCGCCUAUCAAGGGUGCUGGCGGACAUAGGAGUUGAUGAGGAGAUGACCAAAUGUCGUCGGAGGGCGUGGCUGUCCAUAGAAACAAUGGACAAUUUCUACCAAAGGCGAGCAAAAACAUUCUACCACUUUGGCAGUCAAAGUGAAGGUACCACCACGUUGGGUAUGGAUUCCGAUGUCGACCUGCUGAUAAACGAUGACAAAUGCCAAGUUAUUUUGGAUUUCAAAGACUGGAAACUAGACAUGAAUAAUCUCCUUGUAGUAAAACAGGAUUGUUCACCACCACAGCAUUGCUAUCUGCAGAUAUUAAGACCCGACAUUCCGACACCUGCUACAGAAAAUCAAGUAGAGGAGCGGGAUGUAUUUGUGGAUGAAAAUUGCCGAGUUUUUAUGGCAAAUACCAUACAAGACCAUCAGAUAAGGGAAGAUUACCGUGCAGAGUUCGUGAAACACGGGCCCUCCAAGAGCGUAGAUGAAGACAUCGAUGUGGUGUACGCAUAUCAUUGUGCAUCAUUGCCAGAAGAAUGCCAAUUCAUGUUCAAACGACCUCGCAAAGGCCACUGGCCAACAGAGGAAAUCUUUGCAUCUGCCCGAAAAUGUGGGACUUUCCUCGUUCCCCAGGGGCAUGCAGAAAGUUACGAUUCAAAUAAAGAAUGGCGGUUUUCAACUUCAACUAUUGAGCGGACACUCAUGUUUGCAAUGAACAUCACUCAAAUAAAAGUAUAUGUCUUGUUGAAAAUGAUAAGAAAGUCAUUACUGAAGCCAAUCUUUGGAGACAGAUUUAGCACAUUUGACAUGAAAACUACUGUCUUGUUUACCAUGGAAACAUGUCCAUCGGAUAUCUGGCAAGAGAACAACUUGCUGUGUUGCACAUUGUAUUGCCUGCAAACCCUCCGUGGCUUUAUACGAAAGCGGUACAUUCCACAUUUUACCAUUUCUAAUGUCAACCUCUUUGUUGGCAAACUUAGCAAGCGUGAACUACUUCGUCUUGAGGACAUCAUCCAAAGUAUGAUAGACAACAAGUUGAUAUGUGUAUAUCACAUAGACAUGGACGACCUCGGUAGAAGAAUGUCGGCUUUUCAGUGCAAUUUGGUUCAGUUUGAAACCGCAGAAAGAAUCGACAACCAGCGCACCAUUGCUUCAUCUAUGCGUAAAUGGGUCUUCAGCAUAUUAUUAUCUCAGUUAAUUCAAAUUCAGGUUGAUGUAUCGCAAGUUUGUCCAAAUGAAGCUUUACAACGGAUUUUGUCCGAUGUGCGUCACUUGUUUCAUCUCGUUGACACGGGGUCGCAAUAUGAACAGAUUAUUGCCAAACCACUCAUACACAUGCUAUUCAGUCAUAUUGCCUCUGUCAAUGCAUCAGAGGGCAUAAAAAAUCAGAGGCGUUUCCACCGAGACAGUUUCGGUAUGUACAGUUUAGCUUGUGCUGAAGUAGACGUGUUGUCUUCUCGUCUGAAGUUUGCAUCACUAUGCUUCUGCUUGGAACAGUAUGAUACAGCCAAGGACAUGCUCGACUAUUGUGAAGGUUUAUUGGAUGCGGGCCUGUGGCAAAUAUGUGGAUGCAGCAGGCAAAUAUCAGUUCCUGCUCAUGGGAAUGUUCUUUUGAAGGUACUAGAAAUGGCGGAGACAGAGUUGCUAAGAACGCAUGUAGCAUUCAGCGUAGUUUUUGGAAGGCACGAGUUAUACUGCAUGCCCGAAGCGUUGGUGUAUGAAAUGUACAGAACCAUUGACGAUGAUGACAUGAGGGAGAGGAUACCAAUCCGUGACGGCUGGAUGGACCUGGCCAUUGUGGAUCCCAUCCCUUUCCUUUAUUACCUGCAAUACAUCACCUUCAAACAGUUAGACCAGUCGGAUAACAUGAGCGCCGCAUUACACAAGCUUGAGGAUUACGUCAUGGACCAUUCAGAUAAAGGUUGUCACGCAGAGACGGCUGCAAAUCUGCUUGGUCACUGCUACGAGCUGGCCGGGGACCACUGGGCCGCCUACCACUACUACUGCGAGUCGAGAGAGAAAAGCCCAAACAACAAUGCCGCACACAGGCAUAUACAUAGAUUGAAACCACUUUUCUGCAGCGAAGAGAGCGACUCCGAUCAACCAAAUACAAGCGAUGAUAAUGACACUGAUUAAUAGCCCACUGUAUAUAGUGUAAAUGUAUUUGAAAUUGGAACACCAUAAGUAUCCGCAUUAGGAAUCUUAUACGUGCAUUAUUUUCAUAUGUAUUUGUGAUGUAUUUUGUAUGUAAAAUUAUGCAGCUAUUGCUGAUCAGAUGUUUGUUCCAUUUUUUCAAAUGAUUCAACAUACUAUGUAUUAAAAUCACAUUUAUUUAUUAUCAUAAUAAUAAGAUCACAUCUUUGGUAAACAUGCAUGCUAACCUCUGUUGGUUAUGAUAAUUGUUUAUAUUUUUGAUUAAGCAAAACUUAUGGCCAAUAUGUUUACAACCGUCUAUGUAUUAUAUGUAAAAGACAAAUAAAUGAACUGCAAUUACACAUAUAAGUAACAAGUUCAAGACUAACUUCAGCAGAACAUUUUUUUUCAAAAUAAAUAACAUCAAAAUU